CACAGCUCGUGCUGUAGCAUCAGGGACCCGCUCCGGCAGCACCCACAAUGGCUGGAGCGCGGCCGGGACCGGUGCUGCUGGCGCUGGCCGUGCCCGUGGCCGCGGGGGACCCGGUGGGGAACCGCAGCGACCGGGCAGUGGGUGCGCUGCUGGGGGUCCUGCUGUGCCUUGUGGUGGGGCUGGCCCUGGCCUGGCACCACCUCUGCCGGCUCUCGGCCGGCCGGUACCAUCCCAGCCCCAUGAGCCGGCGGGCGCUGGAGCGGCUGCGGCAGCGCUGGCAUCGGCUGCGGGGACAGCAGGACGCGGUGGCACAAGCCGGGUGUGAGGAUGGGGACGUGGCGGAGGAAGGGGACAAGGAGGAAGAGGGGAUCGUGUGGAGGCAGGAGCGGCGGAUGGAGGAGCAGGAGGAGGAGGAGGAGGAGGAGGAAGAGGAGGAAGAGGCCGAAGAAACCAUGAGAGCCGGGGAGAGCCCCCCAAGUGUGGGGCAGGCGGCGGGGGGCAGCGCCGAAGCCCUGCUCAGUGAGCUCCAUGCCUUCUCGGGGACGGCAGCGUGGGGGGACGCGCAGCCCAGUGUUACUGCUCUGUGACACCCCAACACUCUGUGACACCCCCUGUGUCCUGUGACACCCCAACACACUGACACCCCAAUACCCUGUGGCACCCCCCAUGUCCUGUGGCACCCCAGCACCCUGUGACACCCCAACACUCUGUGACACCCCCUGUGUCCUGUGACACCCCAACACACUGACACCCCAAUACCCUGUGGCACCCCCCAUGUCCUGUGGCACCCCAGCACCCUGUGGCACCCCGACACUCUGUGACACCCCCCUAUGCCUUGCGAUAUCCCCCAUGUCCUGUGAUACCCCAACACUCUGUGACACCCCAAUGCCCUGUGUCACCCCCAUGCCCUGUGUCACCCCCAUGCCCUGUGAUAUCCCCCAUGCCUUGUGACACCCCAACACACUGACAACCCCGUGCCCUCUGUCACCCCAAUAACCUUUGUCACGCCCUUCCAUGCCCUCGUGUGACCCCUCCUCCUUCCCGCCCCCAGCGCAGCCUCCUGAUUGGCUGCACGGGCGCGGGCACCAUGA